GGGAUAGUUACAGGGUGCACGGCGAGGGCUGCCUGCUGCCGUAUUCGUGACAGGGCGAAUUAGCGGGCAUCAGUCUUCCCCGUGCGGUGUCGCUGCGUGUGACAACCUCUGGACGUCGUGCUCGCGUUGGAAACUUCUCCAUUGCAGCAACUUCCUGGCGGUUUUCAAGGGCCGACCUUUGCUGGAAGCAAUUUCUUGGAUUGAUCAAGCUCUGGCGCUGGGAUUUGACCUGGUCUGGUCUGGACCAGAAUACAAUGGAGCGUCUUGGCAAGCUCACCUCUCUAGGUCCACUGCAAGAGAGUCGCCGCUCACGCAAGUUCGUUCUGCUCAUCGUGUUCGUGGCGCUGCUGCUGGACAACAUGCUACUCACAGUCGUGGUGCCAAUUGUCCCCAGCUACCUGUACGCCAUCGAGCAUCCAGACGAGCCCCCACGGAACGACAGCGGGCAGCAGCUCGCUCCAAUCGCCGCUCCGCACGCGGCCACAGCCACGGACGAUGGUGGCUCUAGCCAGGCCCAAGGGGGGGGUCAGGAGGGGUCACAGGAGCCCCAGGAACCCAGCCCUAGCCCGGGUUCCCCGACGCCGGAUCCCUGCAGCAGGCGACGCUCCCGGCACCACCGCAGCACGGGCUCGAACCCGGGCGGCAGCGCGUUGGCGGCUCUCAACGACUCGUUGUGCGACACGGACGUGGCGGCGCUGCUCAACGAGAACGUACGAGUCGGCCUGCUGUUCGCCGCCAAGGCCACGGUGCAGCUUCUGGCGAAUCCGUUCAUCGGCCCCCUGACAAACAGGGUGGGAUACCACUCGCCUAUGUUUGCUGGCUUCAUCAUCAUGUUCCUGUCAACGAUCAUGUUUGCGUUCGCUCAGAGCUACCCGCUCUUGUUUGUGGCUCGAGCUCUGCAAGGCAUCGGAUCCUCCUGCUCCUCCGUGGCCGGAAUGGGCAUGCUGGCCAGCCUGUACCCGGAUGACGAGGAGAGAGGCAAUGCGAUGGGCGUGGCGCUGGGAGGUCUCGCUAUGGGAGUACUGGUGGGACCACCGUUUGGCAGCAUCAUGUACGACUUUGUGGGAAAGCCGGCCCCAUUCUUGGUGCUUGCUGGCCUGGCCCUCUUUGAUGGAGCAUUACAGAUGUUGGUGUUGCAACCAAGCAAGUCGGAGCCAGAGAGCCAAACAGGGACGCCUCUGCUCACGCUGCUCCGAGACCCCUACAUACUCAUCACAGCAGGAUCUAUUUGCGUUGCUAACAUGGGCAUCGCGAUGCUGGAACCCGCCCUUCCCAUAUGGAUGAUGGAAACCAUGUGCUCGCCUAAGUGGCAGCUAGGAGUUGCUUUCAUUCCAGCCAGCAUCUCUUACUGGAUAGGCACCAACAUAUUUGGACCUUUGGCUCACAAAAUGGGAAGGUGGCUGUGUGCACUGAUCGGAAUGGUCGUAGUAGGAAUCUCCAUAAUCUGUGUCCCGCUGGGCAAAACAAUUUACGGACUGAUUGUGCCAAAUUUCGGUGUUGGCUUUGCAAUCGGGAUGGUGGACUCCUCCAUGAUGCCACUCAUGGGUUACCUGGUGGACUUGCGUCACGUCUCUGUGUACGGCAGCGUCUAUGCCAUUGCCGAUGUCGCAUUCUGCAUGGGCUUUGCACUGGGCCCUUCUGCUGGCGGGGCUAUCGCUCGCACCAUCGGGUUCCCCUGGCUGAUGACCAUCAUCGGGAUAAUCGACAUCCUCUUUGCUCCGCUGUGCUACUUCCUACGUAGCCCACCCGGCCGCGAGGAGAAGAUGUCCAUCCUGAUGAAUGAAGAGUGCCCGGUUCGCACGCGCAUGUACACGUCCCAGGGCAGCGUGAGAAGCACGGCGGACGGGGCACAGCCCACUGGGAACGACGUCGGGGAGGAAGAGGAGGAGAGUGAGGAGUGAACCCGUUGAGUCCAAACGGUGCACGCGUAGUGCAUUAGUUUAACCGACGCAUUCAUUGGAUCGAACCGGUUUUACACAGCAGGGUAGGAGGAUUUUACAAAAUUACACCGAAAAUUGCACCUCCAAUUGGCACGGUUGGCUACGUACGGUGUGAAAGAAGCUCAACAGAUAUACAUAGCCCUGGUUUCUCCCCCCCCCCACC